AUGGCCCAGUACGCAGUGAAGUCUGUCGACGAUUGGGCGACGCACAACACCGCGACAGAGGCUGGUGCAACUGUAAAUUCAGCCGCUGCAGACGCCAGCCGAGCUCGAGAAUCAGUUUCUGGGACCGCGCAAGAGCUCGAGUUGGAUUCCGUCGAAAAGAGUACAGCGGCCACAACCACGACUCCAAUCGACAAUAAUAUUAAUCGCGCUAGUAAAACAAACACAACCACCGCCGCCGCUGACGACGACGCCUAUAGAGCCCGUUCGCGCUCUCCUGUGACCGCCAAACCUAAACCCAACGCCCCCUCGUCUCCAGCCACUCAUAGUCAGACUGUACCAGCAGCUCGUCAGCAAAGACAUCAACAAAACCCUUCUUCGAACUCGGCAGAUCAUUCGUCGGCCUCGCCAGCCACAUCUGCACCAGCACCCGGCCCUGCAAGUGCCGGUGGCCAGCAGCCUCAACAACACCGAAGGGUUUAUCAAGCAUGCAUUCCCUGUCGCAGGCGAAAGGUCCGUUGCGACCUCGGUUCCGUCGACAACCCUCAUGACCCGCCCUGCGUUCGCUGCCGCCGUGAAAGCAAAGAAUGCUACUUCAGCGCUACCCGCCGAAAGCGCAAGGCUGACGAUGAGGAUCUGUCCGGCGCCGAGGACGACUACGUUCUCCGAAAUGGCCGUAAGCGUGUCCACGAAGGCUCUCCUCCGAUAGACCGUCGGAUGUACUCGGACGUGCCGCUCACACCAGGUGGAUCGCAAGGCAGGACACAACCUCUCCCACGUCCUCGCCAUGGUUCCGUAGGCAAUGAUGGCAAGCGAGCGGGUCGUUCAUCAGGGGCUGGCCUGAACAGCCAAGCCGAUGCGCCCAACACACCACUCGAGAACAUGGAGGCGAGGACCCUGAUGCGUCGGGAGGUUUAUGGCCCUCAUGAUGCUUUGGACCUCUUGUACAAGGCCGCGACCGACAGCCCGCAUAAGCUUGGCGAGGCAGAAGCGAACAGUCAAACAUCCCAGACCGCUGCUGCGGCCUCUGUCAACUUUCGUGUACCGGCCGCCGAGUCUGCAGCGCGCCCGGUACCCGCACGUGACAUUGGUAGGCGACAGAGCUCUUUCCGCGAUGAAGGCCGGCAAAGCGGCAGUCAGCAGAACCGUCGUGCCUCCACACGUCCAGAAGCUCCGGUUGCAGAUGCGCCUAUCGAUCCACAGCUCACUGCAAAACGUGAUGUGACAAGCGAUUCGGGGUAUGCCGAUGCCCUGAAGGCCUGGGCCCGCUUCCGUUUUGUGAGGGCCGGGUGGUUUACAGCACACGAGGCCAUAGAAUACAUCGACUACUAUUACCAUUACCUCUCCCCACUGACGCCCAUCUCACCUCCGACUUUCAAGAGUCCUUCAACACACUUAACACUGCUUACGGAAGAACCGAUACUCACAGUUACGCUGCUCACCAUCGCUUCACGUUACCGACAAGUGCCAGGUACAGGCGGUCGUUGUCGAUCUCAAGCCAUUCAUGAGCAGCUUUGGACAUACCUGCGAGGAAUGAUAGAAAGGGUAGUAUGGGGGCAAGAGGCAUUCGGCGGUGGUUUCUGUGGCUCUUACACCAUGGGUCACGAAGAAGCUCAGACUUCGAGCACCGCACCAUGGAGAGGGCUUCGCAAGGGUAGCUUGAGGACUCUGGGCACUAUCGAGUCACUACUGAUUCUGACCGAGUGGCACCCGCGCGCACUCCACUUUCCACCUGCAGAGGCUAUCGACGAGCUGAUGCUGCCUUCGCUUUAUGAUGGCCCCGACCCGAACAUGGGCCCGGAUGGCGCUGCUCAACGGCCGUCGGCUACCACGGGCGUUGGCGGAAAGCGCAUUGAGAGCUGGCUCGAGCCUGCGUGGAGAAGCGAUCGUAUGUGUUGGAUGCUCCUCAGCACAGCUAUGGGUCUCGCGUACGAGCUGGGCGUAUUCGAUGAUAUCGAAGAGCUUCUGGCCACUGGCGCCAUUGCACGGCCUGAGUAUGAGGAUGAGGCCUAUCGCCUUCGCGCACACAGAAUUAAGCGACUAGUCUUGGUGUACCUAAGCCAGCUUGCCGGUCGGCUUGGCUGGACCAACAUGGUUCCAGAGAAUCUGCGCAAGUCAGACUCUGUCCUGGCCCCACGUCGGCCAGCAUCAGAGGGAGCAACUCCUGGAACCACCCUAUCUGCUAUUUCAGGCUCUUUCAACUAUAUUCCCGACCUUGAAAUGGACGACCAGAUCAUCCACUGUUGGGCAGGGAUCAGCCACGCCAUGUACAUGGGCAACGAGAAGCUCUUCCGGUCACGCAAGCACACCACAGAUAUUAUACAGAGCGGUCGCUACAUCCAACUGCUCGAGGAUUUUACUCCCAUGUUACGGGAGUGGUGGCGCCAGUUUGAGCGAUACCGGCUACCGCCAUACAUACGCCAUAUCCUUACCAUUGAGUACGAGUACGUGCGCAUUUACAUCAAUUCACUUUCGCUUCAGGCCGUUGUAGAGCGCUGCACGAACAAUGCGAGCAACGCAAGUGGCCACGGAAAUGAUCAGCUAUCCCCUCAGACCCAGAACUACUUUGGAAAGCUACCACUCGGUCACCUGGGUGGCUUCGGUGUACAAGACCAAGACUACGUCAAGGAAGUGGUUGAUGGAAGUCGGAACCUGCUGCGAGCUGUUGUUGAUGGUCUCUUGCCCAACGACUAUCUCAAGCACGCUCCUGUGCGGACCUACUUCCGUAUAAUCAGCGGCGCCAUGUUUCUGCUCAAAACUUUUGCGUUGGGUGCCCCUCGCUCCGACGUCGAGAUCUCCAUCGCGCUCAUGGACAGGACCGUUGACGCCCUUCGCAAUUGUGUCGUUGAUGACGUCCAUCUCGGUAUCCGCUUCGCCGACCUGCUCGAGACCCUGACAAGCCGACUACGCAAUCGCUUCAUCCACGCUCCCACACACACCCUCAACAACCACCCCAUCCCGGGUGGCUCGUCGACCGACAGGUUGAGCCCGCAACCGCGAGUGGAUUCUGGAAUAGCAGAUACUACUAUGGGUGGCAUGCACGGCGGUCAUGCUACAAGUAGCCAUGACGUUGACACAUGGCUAAGGCCCAACGGUCAAGGCUCUCUGGCGUCCCUGUCCGCCGCCGCGGCCGCCGUUGCGAACCCGCAUGGACUGGAUCGGUCCACCACCCCGGCAAAUAUCUCAGCUACACCCUUUGAGAUCAGCGCCGGCAACAUUCCAUAUGCCGCGGGUCAGGCGUCUGUAUUUGCGCCAUCGACGCCGGCAGCCAGCGGCAGUAUGGACCAUCAUCACACGGCGCUGCCGGACAACAUGUUUGGCGACCCGUCUGAUUGGAACAACUCGAGCAGCGAGAUGUGGUACCUCCCGACGGGACCGGCCUUCUUCCAGAACAUGGGUGACAGCGCCGUCGCCAUGACGGCCGAGGGUGUCAACGUAGGUGGCAUCGACCUGCUUGAGUACAUGGCAAUGGACCAAUUCCCGAUCGAGGGAAGCGGAUUUUAG